CUUUGACCCACGUGGUUCCCAAAAUGCAAUGCGAUUAAGCGGGUGUUUUUGGUUUUUGAAGGCAAGACAGUGGGUACCCAAUAUGGAGAGGCGCUAGGCUUGUUAGCACACUGAUAUAAUGUAUCAUAGUUCUGAAGGGGCUGCGCAUGACAUCCACUGAACAAUGGAUGCCCCUCCUUCAGGUGCUAUGUUCUCCCAAAGGGGACAGCCUUCAAAGCUGCUCAACCACAAUGGAGAUAUCCUUUCCUUCCAGUUCAUUCACAGUCUGGCGAGUGGGGGAGAGAGCCAGAGAGGAUCAGAGCUGAGAGUGACCCGGAUGUCAUUCCAUAGGGAAACCAAGGCUUUUCCCAUCAAAAUAGAAGGAAUGACUGUCAUUAACAAAAGCAGCUCCACCAGUGUCGACAUUGUCGAUUGUGCCUCCGUGGUAGAUGUGAAAGUUGGACUAACUGUUCCUUGCCUCCUGCUCAAACAGCGCAAGAAGAAAGGGGCUCAUUUCAAAUACAUUCUCCUUACAGUGAGCCAUUCAAAUUCUUUGUGUCCUCACCUGGAAUUUAAGCUUUUGUAUGAAAUUAAAGACAACCUGACAUUUCUACAGGGUCCCACUGUCUUAUGGAGGAAUGCAGGCAUCAUUUAUUACAUGUCAUUACAAGUGGGAGAAGUUAAACCAGUGCCCCUUCGCCUAUCUUCAGUAAGUUUCAUAGGGGAGCUACCCCUGGACAAAAGGAAAAUAAUCAUAUUUGGUUCCCAAAUAUCCUCAAAGGAAAGGACCGUUGAUGCGCAGGCAGAUGUCUGGGGCCAGAGGAACCUUGGGUAUUUUUUGGAGGAAGGAAAAGAGUUUGAUGGAGCCUGGGUUUUGCCUCACGCUUACAGCUCCGUGGUGAAGUGCAUGCUUCUCAUCUCGGCAGAGGAAGACGAGGAUGGGCUCAAGUCAACGGUGGUGGCAGCAACCUGCAGAAAGCAGCUUGUGUGGUUUGAGGGUGGAGCCCCCCGGGAUAUUUGCGUUCUUCCGUUUGAAGAGCCUCAGAACAUCUUGAUGGUUGACACCGGUAGGAACGGCUGUUUCUUCGCCAUCUCCUUCAGCCAUGGGAAUGUGUGCACUGUUUGGAAAGACUCUUUCCAGGUGGCGUCCUGCUGGCAGGGUGUGUUCUCUCUCCUAGUAGAUGACUUUGUUGGCUGUGGUACUGACCAGGCACUGAUACUGUUUGAUGACCACUGCCAUCCUGGGGCUGCACCAACCAACUUCAUAAUCACCGACCUCGGUGACAUCACCUACACUAGCAAUCCAGAGAGCAGUGAGGGGCUUCAUGGUGCUGACACUGUCCAGGAGAACCAUCUCCUCACUGUGCAGGCAUUAGAGUCCAGACUGCAGAGCGGAAUGGCCUCUAUCCAAGACCUCCAGAGGGACCUGGAGGAGAAGGAGCGGGUGGUGCGGCAGUCGGCCCGAGCCCUGACAGAUCUGGUCUCUGGAAGAGAGCACGCCCUGCCCAGCGCCCAGCAGGAAGGCUUGGUGUCUCUCUGGGAUGAUGAUGAUGAUGAUGAAGAUGAGGAAGGCUUGGGUGAGGAGCUCCUGGCCCCUCCCCCGGCCCUGCCCACUGUGGUAGAGAAGGUGUGGCACAGAGUCAUGGAGGACCGCCUGGUUGUAGGCGUGCAGUUGACCGCAGACGCUGCUCCAUUGCUGGAGAGCGCAAGCUUGUCAUUCCUGAUUGAGGCGGGCCAAGGCCCCGCCCCUCCGGUAGUCCAGGCUAAGUGCAGGUCCUUCCGGUUGCCCCGGCCCGCUCCCCUCAUUCCCACGGGCCUGUCCGGCCUCGAGCCGCCGGCCAAGAGGAAGAAGCCUGACCAGGCCGGCGCGGCGGGUUUAGGCACCGAGCCGCGUCUGACAGUGACAGCCGUCACCGAGCUGGCCCCGCUCCUGGCCUGCGCCAGUCUCCCGUGCCGUGUCCUGCUCCACUUAGCUGCUGCCCCCUGGAGGCCCGGAGGUCCACUGGCGAUGCACUGCGGUUUCAUCGGGCUGGACAUCCAGGACACAGCCCAGGGGAAGCUAACUCCACCCUUGCUCAACGACCGCACGCUCACCACAGCUGAGGCCAGUGAGGACCUUCUGAGCCUACUGGCUGCAUCAGACUCCUGGUGCUUCCAGAUCGGCUGCUCAGACCACACCCUGUUCGACAUGCCCCAGUGGCUGCUGGGAGCCCUGAGGUGCGAGAGGUUGUUGGUGCAGCCAGACUUUAUCCUGUCGGACCCGCAGCGCCUGCCCUCCCCCAUGCUGUUUCAGUGGCAGGAGAGGACCCCCUUCACUGGGGAGUUGGUCGUCUACUGCAGGGGCCUGCACCGUUUGCUCCAGUUCCUGGACUCCCUGUGCCGCUGCCUGCCCCCGUCACACUGGAUCCACCCCCGCGGGCAGAAGAGGGCGGAACAGGACCCUGUGCAGGCGCUGGCCUCUUCCCUGGAGAGGGAGGCGCUGGCCCUGCGGGAGGGCGUGGCUUCUCUGCUCCACAGAGUCACCAGCAGGGAGGAGGCAGAGGGACUGGGGUGGGUGGAGGGAACCGCAGACCCCGUCACCACAGGCUCCGCCCCCACAGACUGUGUUCCUAACAGCCCUGCAGAUGAGCUCCACAGGCACAGGGCAGAGUGGGGGAGGGAGCGGGAGAGGAGCAGGAGGAGGCUGAGCCCCCUGGUGGACACUGAGCACUAUCGCAGGCUCGUGGCUGCCCUGUCUCAGGUUCAGCUCGAGACAGACAUUGCUGCCCUCGACUUGUGUGAGGCAUGGCCUCUUCCUACUGCACCUUGCCCUGACUAAAAUAAUACUAAUUAAACUAAGAAAACAUUUUGUCAAAAA